AUGAUGACAGACACCACCACCACCACCACCACAAGAGCCAUACAGCCCGAGAUUGCUUUUAUUUCAGGGCCCAUUGACACUGGAGGUGAUGAAUCCUACUUUCACACCUACUACGUCCCUCGUAUUCGGCGGGCUGUCCAGCGCGGCGACCACUUCGUGAUCGGUCCCGUCCCAACCGGAGUGGACGCAGACGCCCUCGCGUACCUCCUGGCGUUCCCGGGAUUGGGAGGGGGGGGGGCGCACUUUCGCGCAUUCGGAGUCUAUGUGCACGUCGUGGAUGGCCAGAUGAGCUGCGAGCGGGACGCCGCGCUGACCCAGUUUAGCACAUACGACAUCUUGCGGGUGCGGACCCGGAAGGAGGCAAAGGCCUUUUACGGCAAGCUCUUUCGCGAUGGCUACGUUACCAACACAGAGCGCAAUUGGAGGCGUAGACGCGGCAUCGCCGAGGACGAGAUCGUUGGGCUGGCCGGAAUAAAUGACCUGGAUUCGCUGACGGAAUCGCGGAAGCCCCAGAGUGCAUUGCAAAGCUGGGCCGCGGCAUGGGGAUGCAGACGCUAG